UUCGCUUCCUCCCCUUGCAAAAAAGAAAGCAUUCCCCCCCUCCCGGGAUGACCCUGACCCCCUCCCCUUGCUAUGGGUCCCCCCUCCCGUGCAUCAGCUGGGCGCUUGCAAACUAGGGGAAAUGUCCCGGGACCGCUCCAGGCUUCGCCGUGAUAUCUCUAAUAUGAGCGCCUCAAGAUUUUAGCCUGAGCGGAUUUCGUGUAGCCAACUUCUGAAACUUUGGUGGCUACCGUAAUGCACGUAAGACGCUAAUAUGCAAUGGGGGUAGCGGUCUGGUCUACUCCGGGACCUUCGGCGGAAUCCCCCGGGUUCCCUCCAAGGAAGCCUAUCGUGCAGCCAUGGUGCUCUCUGGUGUCGGGGAUGCUCUCGGUUAUCGCAAUCAGCGCUGGGAAUACUGUACCUCGGGGCCUCAGAUCCACCAGGAGCUCCAGGAAAUGGGCGGCCUUGCCCAGGUUUGUGUGGCCCUCCCUGACUGGCCCGUCAGUGAUGAUACUGUGCUGCAUCUUGCAACAGCUGAGGCCCUGGCCACUGGGAAAAAUGGAGAACCUCUGUUCCAGGAACUGGCCAACCGCUAUGUUGAAGCCAUGAAGGAUAUGGAAGGGAGGAAACCAGGACCCACAAGCAUUCUGGGAACAUCUCAGUUGCGUCCAGGGGAGCCAGGUGGAUAUCGCAUUCCCUUCAACCCUGGUGCAACAGGCUGUGGAGCUGCCAUGAGAUCCAUGUGCAUUGGGCUCAGGUAUCCACAUCCUUCUGAUCUAACCGCUUUGGUCCAAGUCAGUGUAGAAAGUGGAAGAAUGACACAUCACCAUCCCACAGGUUAUCUGGGGGCACUGGCCUCUGCCCUCUUCACUGCCUAUGCUGUACGGGGCCUUCCUCUUGAACGCUGGGGGUCAGAGUUGCUCAAAACUUUUCCCCUUGCCUUGGAAUAUAUCCAAAAUGCUGCUGCUGAGAGUGAAUUGAAUGUAGGGUCUUGGACAUAUUUUCAGGAAAAAUGGGAGUGGUACCUCUCGGAGCGGGGUCUUAGCAGUGGCCAGGGGCCUCCCCGCUUUCCUGCCACCUAUGGUCCUGCUGAGCGAGAUGUCAUCUAUAAAACUUUCAGCUUGGACGGAUGGGCUGGGCGGAGCGGUCACGAUGCCCCCAUGAUUGCCUACGAUGCGCUCCUGAGCGCCAGGGACAGCUGGGAGGAGCUGUGCAGCCGUUCCAUGUUCCACGGGGGGGACAGUGAUUCUACAGGGGUGAUUGCGGCCUGCUGCUGGGGACUCACUCAUGGAUUCAAGGGGGUCCCGGAGGGAAAUCACCGGGGGCUUGAAUACCGAGACAGGAUGGUGGCUGCGGCUGAUCGUCUCUAUGACCUCGCUUGGGGACAGAAACCUGUCUGAGAGCCAAUUGGCCAUGGUGGCAGGGGCUGAUGGGAAUUGUAGUCCGUCAACAUCUGGAGAGCCGCAGGUUGCAGACCCCUGAAAGCAUCUCCAACUCCUAGUGGAAGAUUUGCAAAAGGCUGGAAUCUGCUCUUUGUGGAAUAAACUGGAGCCGUGUUUACA